GUUACUUGAUUCUUUAUACAUAUAAUACGCCUCGUAGAAUACGCGGCUAGAGGUAAUAAGAAAUGAGGAAAUUGGAUCUAGUCACAGCUCUUGCGGUUAUAUUUGGAGCUGCCUUCAAUGGAGCACUUGCUACUCCAGCCCCUAUCCUUCAGCAGAAUAAAAAUUUACCUACUUCUAACCACCCAAGUACGGCGCCAUCUUACUCCAGUGGCCAACUUCAACAAUUGCCAAAUUUUAGGGAGAUUAGAGGAUCCGACACGGAGGCCGAAGUAAAAGGUGAUUAUGGGCCUGAAGCAAUAUCCUCCGAGGGGUUGGUACAGAUUCCUGGUGCACCAGUGACUGCUGGUCAGUUAGUCGCUCUUCCCGGGCUAGAAGAGUCGAGUGCUACCAGUGAGACCGCUACGAGUAGUACGACUGUUGAGUCCUCGGCAGCCGGAACUUCUUAUAGUACCACACUUGGGAUAACGACGGAUGCCGGGGCAGAUAUAUCCUCAAGUGCAGCGGUACUCGAGACGUCAAAGAUCACCGCAGCUUCAUCUUCAUCAAGCUCUUCAGUGUUAGUGGGAAGCUUCCAGAGCUUUCGAGUUGUGCCUACCGCAACAACUACUACUUCUUCCAUAAUUAUCAACGCCGGGGCCCUAGAAACCUCGAGCGCGCCAGUGGUGGCUUUUAACUCUGCUUCUAUUCAAAGUUUUCGCAUUAUUAGUGCCGGUACGGCGACGGCAAUUAGAUCACCAGUCUUCGCGAAUGUAUCUACUUCAGCAUUCGUAGCUAGUACCCAUGGAGCCAUUUCCACUUCGAGAUUCGGGGGUUUCUCUAACACCACUGCCACUGCGGUCGCUACAGGAGCAGUAGCCAUAAAUACAGACCUUCCUCCAGGAUCUGUACCAACCGAGCUCGUCGCACUACCUGCUAGUGGUGCAGUAACAUCUGGAAGUCUUCAGUAUUUGCUGGGAUCUGAAGGCACCGAAACCGCCGGGGUCCAGCAGUCGCUUUCCGAAGCGACGAGCGAGUUGCGAGACCUCCCUAGUGUGCAAACCACGCUGGGCUCACUGGCGCCGAUAUCCUCUGGGUUUGCGAACCCCACAGCGGCAACUAGUAGCAUAUCUACAAAUAACACCUUACCGUCGUUUAGUCUAAGUGCCGCGGCCGUACCAAAGGCGGGUGCGAUAACUGCGAUGUUGGUUGUGGGAGUUACGGACAUAUUAGCUGUGCUUUUUAUGUAA